GGGAGGACAUGGAUGCUUCCAAUGGGGUGUCUGGGGUGGGAGCUGUUGAGAUCUAGAGAAGAGGCGAUUCACAUUUUUGCCCGAGUGAGCAGAGCCGGGCUCCACUGGGGAGUCUCUAAGACGACUUUCUGAUUGCUCCCUGUCAAGCAGGUGUGUGAGCAGUCCAAUGCCCCCGUUGGAGGGCAGUACAGAGGUGGGCGCCAGGCUUCUGAUGGGCCUGAGCCCUCCCAGCCAAACUUCCCAGCAUGCAGACAAGGGGGCCCUGCCCAGGUGUUCACACAGUGAGGCCCAGGGAGGACUGGGCCACCCCAGAGGCUGCACUGCCCACUGGCCACCUUCUCACUACCUGCGGCUGCCUUCCUACCAGCAGCAGCAGCACCCCUCCACUAGGCUGUGUCAAAAAAAGGCAGGAGCCAAAUUUACUAAAAGCUUCAUGCCUGCUCCGUUUUUCCCCCUGCACCUGCUGCUUCUGGGGAAGGCGAGCUGGCAGGAAGCUUGGGGACAGUGUUCAGGGGCCCAAGUGUCCAGGGUACCCCAUCCUACAGACCCUACUGCGUGGCCUUGCCAAAUCACUACACAACCCCCACCUCCCAACAGGGACUGACAGGACCCUCAGUUUACAGAUGCAGAAACUAAAGGCCACAUUCAAGGUCAGCAAUCCCGUGCUUAACAUACAUAGCUUCAUUCCAUGCUCACAAGUACCAUAUGAAGUGGACACGAAUAUUAUUCCCAUUUUACAGACCAGAAGACUGAGGGUCAGAAAGGGGAAGUCACUUGCCCAGGGUUAUAACAGCCAUACAGUCUGUCAGGAGGUCAAGAUUCAAACCCAUGUCUGUCAGAUUCUAGAGUCCAGUGCUCGCGCCCUGACAAGCUGCGGGGUAAGGCGGCGGUGGAGAGGGCGCAGAGACACACUGGCAGGGAGCAAUGGCCAGGGAGUUGAGUCUGACGGCAGACGCCGGGGCCAGAUCGUGAAACCUGAGACCCAUUUCAUUUCAGUGAGAAUCUAGGAAGGUUGCUAGAAAGAAGUGAGCUGAGCGUCAAAAUAUCAAAAUGAAGAUGGAUGGAAGGGAACUGGUAUUCCAGGUGGAAGAAACAGCGUGGAUAACGGCCAGGAUGUGUAACAGGUGAUGUAUGCAGGCCAGGCAGUGUCAGCGCGAGGCUGGGGCUGUGCUCACGGAGAACGGUAGGAAGGGUCUUCAACAGAGGCCUUGGACGCCGAGCAAAGCAGAUGACCUUUGUCCUGGGAGGUUGAGCAGAAACCCCUAUCUGUGGACCCGCCUCUGCGCACCCCGAAUCGCCACGACUCUGUUCACGCCGACCAUCCCGUCCGACCGCACUGCUGCAAAACUUUCGAACUGUCUCUAGUAAUCAUCCGUGAGCCUACUCGUUUUCUUCUGUCGUUCCCGGAAGAGGUGCUCCAUACCCACUUCCAAGCAAAUGCUAAGCCGAGCCCCGCGCGUCCCGCGGCUGAGCAUGCGCCCGCCGCCACCCGGACGUGACUCUUGGAACGUCCGCUCCGGGCGGCGGCGGCGGCCACGGCCGCGGCGGCGGCGGCGGCGGCGGGGUGGAGGAAAGGUGGGCAGGGAGAUGCCUCCUCAGUGCGUCCAGGUUCUGCGAACGUCGCCAUCUGGGUUUGGAGCUGGGAUGCGCGGUGCUCUCGGCCUCCCAAUUUCAGAAGUUUCCGCUGGUUUCAGAAGUUUCCUUAAGCGCCUGAGGGCUUUCUUCCUGUGGGUUCUACAUUCAGGCACUUACUUGGCCACCCAUUCACCAUUCAAGGGUCCUCGCCGCCCUCCCGCCGCUAAUUAAGUGACGGACGCAGUAGCCAAGGCGACCUCCUGAUUGACAGGAAUAAUUACCAACCAACUCCCGGGAGCUUCCGUCCGGACCCGCCCGGCGCGUGGCCGGUGGCCCAAUGAAAGAAGUGAAAGCGCCAAAGGGGACGGUAGCGGAGCAGCCUAGGUUGUGGCGGUUUCUCGGUGAUUGCGCGCUGUGGGCUGAGGCGUUUACAGUGGUCGGACGAGGCUGUGACAUAACAUAGCGACAGCGUUGGCAGUCUGAGCGCACCCCUGUGGAGGGAGCCCUUGGUCACGGAGGUGUCGCGGCGCGGAGACAGGUUGCUAUUUGAGGGCGCUCCCUCGGAGCCCUUCACGAGUGGGGGAGGGGCAGCGGACGACGAGCGUCCCCGGUCUGCGCUUGCGCCGGCACCCCUGCUGAGCCGGCCCGCACGCACGCGCAUGCCCGCUGCGCGCGGAGCCGCGGUGACCGGCAGCACUGCGCGUGCGCAGUGAGGAGCCCGCUGAGGAGUGGCGCUGGCGGACGUCGGGCGGGCGGCGCGUGACGUCGUGAGGAGCGCUUUAAAGUGCGGGUCGGGCCGGGCAUCCGGAGGUCUGGCCCGGAGUCAGACGGAUCCUCCGCAGCGGCCCUCCGCGGCAUGAGGCGCUGCCGGCGCCCCUGCCCCCUGGGACGCGGAGAAGGUGGAGGAGGAGGAAGCCCGGUUGCCGCCACCGCUGCAUGACCCGCUGCCCCUGAGGUUCGAUCCUGCCUAGCCCCUCGACUGCCCCCGCCAGCCCCUCCGGCCUCGCAUGGGGGCCUGGCGUUGAGGACCUUCUUUCCUCCGGGGGCCCCGGGGCACGUCCCCCGAGAGCCAUGCCCGGCCGCCCUGCCCGCCCCGGAGGACCCUAGAACAGCGUCGCCGGGCCAUGGCGGCCGCCAGCGGUUACACGGACCUGCGUGAAAAGCUCAAGUCCAUGACGUCCCGGGACAAUUAUAAGGCGGGCAGCCGGGAGGCAGCGGCGGCCGCGGCCGCCGCUGUGGCCGCCGCCGCCGCCGCCGCCGCGGCCGCCGAGCCUUACCCGAUGUCCGGGGCCAAGCGCAAGUACCAGGAAGAUUCGGACCCCGAGCGCAGCGACUACGAGGAGCAGCAGCUGCAGAAGGAGGAGGAGGCGCGCAAGGUGAAGAGCGGCAUCCGCCAGAUGCGCCUGUUUAGCCAGGACGAGUGCGCCAAGAUCGAGGCCCGCAUCGACGAGGUGGUGGCCCGCGCCGAGAAGGGUCUGUACAACGAGCACACGGUGGACCGGGCCCCACUGCGCAACAAGUACUUCUUCGGCGAGGGCUACACGUACGGCGCCCAGCUGCAGAAGCGCGGGCCCGGCCAGGAGCGCCUCUACCCGCCGGGCGACGUGGACGAGAUCCCCGAGUGGGUGCACCAGCUUGUGAUCCAGAAGCUGGUGGAGCACCGCGUCAUCCCCGAGGGCUUCGUCAACAGCGCCGUAAUCAACGACUACCAGCCCGGCGGCUGCAUCGUGUCCCACGUGGACCCCAUCCACAUCUUUGAGCGCCCCAUCGUGUCUGUGUCCUUCUUUAGCGAUUCCGCGCUCUGCUUCGGCUGCAAGUUCCAGUUCAAGCCUAUCCGGGUGUCGGAACCUGUGCUUUCCCUGCCAGUGCGCAGGGGGAGCGUGACUGUGCUCAGUGGAUAUGCUGCUGACGAAAUCACUCACUGCAUACGGCCUCAGGACAUCAAGGAGCGCAGAGCCGUCAUCAUCCUCCGAAAGACGAGAUUAGAUGCGCCCCGGUUGGAAACAAAGUCCCUGAGCAGCUCCGUGUUGCCACCCAGCUACGCUUCAGAUCGCCUGUCGGGAAGCAUCAGGGACCCCGCUCUGAAACCCAAGCGGUCCCACCGCAAGGCAGCCCCGGAUGCUGCCCACAGGCCCCGCGUCCUGGAGAUGGACAAGGAGGAGAACCGGCGCUCCGUGCUGCUGCCCGCCCCGCGGCGCAGGGGCGGCCUCCGCGCCGACAGCUACUGGCGCCAGUCGGACGAGGCGGGCGAGGACUGCUCGGCGGCGGCAGGCGGCCCCGCUCGCAAGGUGAAGAUGCGGAGGCACUGAGGCCCCUCCGGGACCACCUCCUUCCUCCUCACCCAGCGCACGCCCUCCUCUGCCUCGUUUGGAGCGGGUGGUUGGUUGGUUUCUUUGUUUUGAUCCUUACAUUAUUUUCCUCGAUUCGUUGCCUGGUAAGGCUGAAGAGCAGAAUUGGCUGGGACCUGGUUCUCAUGAUCUUGGUAUUCCUGCUGGAUGGAAAGGCUGCCAGAUGCUUAUGCUGGAGUGGCCAGAAGAGCACGGGGGCAGCCGACCUCACGUGGGGCUGUGUCAGGCUGGUUUUAUUUAAAAGCAUCAAAAUGUUUCGGUUAAGAAAAUUCUUGUUUUGCUUUCAGUGUAAAUCUUUGUUGUAAAUGAAAUUCACUCUUCUGCCCACCUGCCCUGUGUCUGCUGGGUUGAGGUCUCCUGGCCUUGCUGGCCCCACAGGGGUCCUGCUGUCGUCCCACCUCCCACCUGUUCUCCAGGCCCCGGAAACUCACGCAAACACCCUCUUCUUCCUGUGGCGGAGUCAUUCAUUCAGGAUGACAGGGCAGGGGCUUACCCAGUGCCAGCCCCUGCAGCCACCCAGAGCUAUUGGCGGCGCUCUGGCAGCUUCCAUGCCACGGACCGCUCUGCCCACAGGCCCCUGGCUGCGGCCGUCCUGACCUCUUACCAAGAGCAUAUGCGUGUGAUUGUAUGGGGCAGUUAGACUUACCAUGUUGGGGCAGUUUUAGGAAUUGUUUCUAGCUACAGGGACUGGUGUCCUUCCAAGUCUAGCAUUUGGGGUAUGGAAAAUUGUGGCGUGUGGUAGGGUUUUUGUUUCGUUUUGAGUUUUUAUUUUUUCCUUUGGUCUCUCGGCUUUUUCCUUUCCCUUUCCUUUCUCCUGCAUUGGCCAAUUUGGGCCGCCUUCCCACGUCAUCCCCGUAGGAAGGGGCCUGCCUCCUGUGUCCGCCUGCAGCACACAUCCAAGGCCGGGGCUCAGGCCUGCAGACUGUCCUCUGCCUCGGGUGUGAGAGCAGGGGAAGGGGCUCAUAAAAAAUAGUAAUGAAAGGGGGGAAAAAGUGAAGUCUUUGGCAGUUUCUGCCUACUCAGAUCCUCAAAGGUUGCAAGGUUUUGCUGAUCUAGAUUCAUUAGAAAUGUCUCCUUGCCAGCCAGGGCCAAAGCCAGGCCUGCUGAGAGCAGAGGCCCGCCCAGUCCCCAGGCUGCCACCACCCCAGGGGGACCUUGUCUUACAGAAGCCCAGGGCCAAGGCUGCAGAAAUCUGGGGCAGCCACCACCCAGGAGCCCCUCUCAGGGGCCAGGACUCCUUUGCCGGUGUGGAUUCCUCAAGUUGGAACUGCGUAACUAAAACAGUUGCAGUUUUAUUUUUUUUUUACAGCUUUUUUCCCAAAAAUGAUUUGUAGUUGUGUGUGUCCAGCACUUUGCCCUGAUGUGUGUGCUCUACAAUAAAAACCAAAUCUAAUAUAUUUUGAAA